AUGAUGGAUUGUAUCGUGAAUGCUCGAACAAGCUUGUAUUUACCAAAAAAUAUCGCUUCGUCAAAAGCCGAUCUUGACACCAACGACUACUACUUCGAUUACACCAAGAACUCACUCGACUGUAAACUUCUCACCAAAAAUCCAUAUCACUCCUACUUCAAACAACUCUAUCCAUCGUCUAUCAACCCACAUGAACUCACUCAUGAUAUGCUCCAUGUCAUCAAGUCAUACACUGACAGUCAGUCCAACGAGUGCUACAUGAAAACAAAUCUCAAUCUUCUGAGUGCUAAUUUCGACGACAUCGACUGGACUUAUGUCAACAAACUUCGAUCGCUGAUACGAGGUCUUAUACAAACCGAUAUCAAACACAUGUACUAUCGAGGUUUGACACUGAGUGAUCGUGAAAUUCAGUACUAUCUCGAUCGACGCAAUGGUUACUAUUAUACGAAUUCGUUCACAUCGGUGACAGUGGAUCGGUUACUUGUGUAUUCUGGUAAUGCUGUGAUGAUGGUGAGAACAGACACGUGUAGCGACAAGGCGAAAAUAAACUUGGCUAACAUCUGGCAGUGGAGCACGUUUCGUGACGAAAAGGAAGCGUUAAUAGCAGUUGGAAGUCGAAUGAAGGUGUUGAGCGUUCAUUACUUAGGGUGUAAAUGGGAAAUCGAAGUUGAACUGGCAGAGGAGGAAGACACGAACUAA